CGCAGCCCCUGGCAGCGGCUCCGGGGGAACGCGGGGCUGGGCAGAAAACAGCAGUUUCCCUGAAAAUCCUGUCAGAGAAAAGGCAGGGAGGGGACUAAAAGAGCAGCGGGUUUGGGGGGGGAGGGAAAAAACCCAGAAAAAAAAAGAAAAUCGUCAGUAAUUUCCCCGCCAAGCAGCGUAUUUGGGAAGAAGCUAGGAAUUGCGGGUUUGUGAGGGGGAAAUCCCCAAAACCAGCGAGUUUCUGAAAAAGCGGGAGGUUUCUGAGGGACCCGGCAAGUUUCUGUGAAGAGUCAGUGGAUUUGCGAAAAAUAAGAACAACCGACAAACCAACUUCACGUUUUUGGAAAAGAAUUCCCAAGAAAAGGAAAGCUGCGGCCGAGGGGAGCAUUAUCCCCAGAGGUUGGCUGCUGGAGGCUAACACACACCCUUCCCUUGGUGACCAUGGGUGAUCUCCCAACUGGGAACCUUUCUGACUGUCCCAAUGGGUCCCGCUGGGUGCUGGAUGUGUUCAGUGAAUGUGCCCAGGACAGCAGGGACAUAGCCAGCAUUGUCCUGGGUCUGGUUUCCAUCCUCUGCUUUGCAGCUGCCUCUUUUCCGCAGUUUUACCAAGCCUGCAAAACAGGCAUCAUGGACCAGGCUCUCUCCAUAUAUUUCCUGCUGGGAUGGCUGGGUGGAGACCUCCUAAACCUCAUUGGUUCUUUCCUGGCUGAUCAGUUGCCACUGCAGGUUUACACAGCUGUGUACUAUGUGCUUGCAGACCUGGUGAUGCUGUCUCUCUACUGCUACUACAAAGCAAAGAACCAGGGCAGAGGAUUCACUGCCGUCAUCAACGCAGCUUUCACCUUCCUUUCCCUGGGGGCGGUGUCGACCCUCUCCUUCCUGGGCAGAGACGCAGCGGCAGCGCCGGGCCCGGUGAUGUUUAAAGGGAGGGCUCUGCUUUCUGCAAGUGUGGAUGAGUUUGGGUCGAAGCCUUUCAGCAGGAAGGAGAUCAUCGGGUUCACCAUUGGCUCCAUUUCCUCCGUGCUGUACCUGUGCUCCCGAGUCCCCCAGAUCUACACUAACUACAAGAGGAAAUCCACCACUGGGAUCUCCUAUUCCCUCUUUGCCCUGGUGAUGCUGGGAAACUCCCUCUAUGGCCUCAGUGUCCUGCUGAAGAACCCUGAGCCAGGGCAAGGUGAAGGUGACUAUGUCCUGCACCACCUCCCCUGGCUGGUGGGCAGCCUGGGGGUCCUUUCCCUCGACGUGGUUAUCUCCUUCCAGUUCCUUGCUUAUCGGGGAGGAAAACCCAGCAGUCACGAGGAGAGGGAUGCUCUCCUUGGUGAUCAGGAUGACAGCCUGGAGAGCUAACAGAGAGAGCUGCCCUGCUCUGAGAACAAGAGGAUCCAGACAAGCAUCUGACCUUUACAUUGGACACACUGGCCCCUCCACUAGGGGGGCUCUUGGGAGAAGACGACCUGAGCCAGCAAGUGACAUGUUUUGCUGAUGAGACACUAAACCCAGCCAGGUUUAGACUCUGCUGAGACCUCGUGCCUCUUUGAUGCCAGUGAUGUUAUUGGGAUAAACAGGGAAUUUCUUUGAUACCUCACAAGGCUGCUCUCACUCCCCACAGCUGAGCCCGGUGACUUCUGCUUUACCUCCUGUCUCUCACGGGUGAACUGGAGCUUCCCUGGUACAUGGGGAGAGCCUGAGGGGCUGUGGGGAGGGGACAGAGAGGACCAACCUGCCAUGAACCCAAGCAACACUCACGUCUGUGGGUUUCACAUCUCCAUCCCUGAGCUCCUUCUGGAAGAUGCAGCAGUGACUGGAACCAGUUCAGAAGGAAGGAGCAGCGUAACCAUAGUCUUGCAGUCCACAAAUGCCAAUUUCAAUCAGCACAGCUCAUAGGUCUAUAAAACAACUCCUUGCCUCAUGCAGCUUCUGCCUCUUUCUUGCAGUCCUCAUUUUUCCACCUCAUUUUCUGCAUCACCCACAUUUUCAUUGCAUGGGCUUCCCAGGGAAGCUGCUCCAUCACUUUCUGGUCAGUGGAGCAGGCUGAUUCCCAGGCAGAAGAUGCAGCUUCUCACUCUUUUUAUAUCCUGUCUCGCUGAUUAAUUUAUCCCCAGGUUGAUGACUUUAUCCCUGCACCCCAGCACGGUGACUCCUUGAUUGCAGAAGGAGAAGCAGCAGUGGUGGUUUGGGAAAAGCCAUAUCCUGGGCAGCUGAGAGAUGCUUUUGGGCAGGCCCAGUUUCACCUGGCAAGGAAAAGGAAAAUCAAGCAAAGCUGUAGCC